AUGGCGGAGCAGCAUUCUGCGACUGCGCCGGGUCUCGAUGAGAAGGGACUUCCAUACAAUCAAAAGUGGAAUUUCGAGCCCCCUGGAACAGAUGAAACAAAGUCUACAGCGAGAGAUCACGUAUACAAGCGAGUCGUGCCUGCAAUCCUCACCAUACUGGCCUUAUUCACUAUUUUUCGCUCCGCAUUUGUCUCAGACCAUCAUUAUGAUCCAAGUGGCCGAGAGGGAUUACUCCGCAACAUCGAAGAAGAGGUGGACGAACCCAAAGUGGAACUUGAAGCCCACGGAAUGAGUAGAUGUCCAGAUUUCAGAGAUUGCUUGCGUGAGCUCAUUCUACCGACAAUGGAACAAGUCAGUCAUCGGGUCAACUUUACACUUAGUUUUAUAGGACAGAUCGACCCCAAAUCCGAUGCUGUUUCCUGCAUGCACGGACCUGCCGAGUGCCUGGGUAACAUUAUUGAACUUUGCGCCGCAGAAAUCUACCCAGAUCCCAAGAUUUAUCUGGGCUUCACCAAUUGCUUGACAUCUGACUAUCACAACAUUCCCGAUCGAGAUCUCGUCGAAGGCUGCGCAAUGGAACAUGGCAUUGAUUUCCAGAAGCUCAAUAAUUGUAUCAGUGACGAGGGGGAAGGAAUCAAUCUUCUUCGAGCAAGUAUAUCCAGAAGCCAUGAAAACAACGUCACCAAGAGCUGUACCGUGAGGCUUGCAGGUAAAAUUCGAUGCAUUAGAGAUGGCGGCAAGUGGUAUGAUUGUCCAGGCGGGAGUUCUGUUGAGGACCUUGUUCGGGACAUCAACGCGCUGUACAAGUAG